GCAUCAUGAAUUUUACACGAUGUAGUAAGUGCAUUGUUAAUAACGCGCACUCACGUGAGUUAUUUGCGUAAUUCUUGCAGUGCCUUUGGUCUGCGGGGCAAGAUGUCUGAGGAGAAGAAAAUGAGGCUUCCAUGUCCCAUUUUUCCUGUCAAUGGUCCCAAGCAAGGUACAUUUGAUUACUAUGUCCUUGUGUGUAAAGAUCUUGAUUGGAGUAUCCCUGCAUGGGAUUUUCUGAAGACUCCUAUUUUGGAGGCUGCAAAGGUGGAUAAAGCAGUUGGAGUUGAGACAUUGGUGUUUUCCUGUGACCAAGACUUGCCAGUGGUAUAUGCUCCAACAGGCCCUGUUAAUAGGGAUUAUGAUGAUGUGAGACGAUACUAUGAUGCAGCAGUGAAUGGAAUUAAAAGGGCUCUUAAGGGCGGAAGCAGAUGCCCACUCCUGGUGACCAUUUCAAAAGACACAUUCCCAAAUGCAUGGUCUGUUUCACUUCUUGGAGCUCUUCAUGCACUCUAUGUGCCAAUUGAACUGCGAGAAGCUUUCCCAGACAAGGAACAAAAAGUUGAUCACCUUGGAGUGGUACUGUUUGGUGAAGACUGCAAUGUGGAGUACAUCAAAGCAAUUGAUUCUGGAAGGUAUGUGUGUCAGGACAUUGGUGGAUCAGAUCCUGAAAGAAUGGCUGCCCCUCGGGUGGAGGAGUACAUUCGGGAAUUAUUUGAAGGUUCUCCAGUUAAAGUGACAGUUGUUAAAGAUCCAGCUGAGUUUGAGAAGAACUAUCCACUGUAUGCAGCUGUCAAUAGAUGUGCAAGAGUUGUUGACAGACACACUGGUAGAAUCAUCAACUUGGAGUAUGUGGGAGAAGGUGACAUCCAAAACACUGUCCUUCUUGUUGGAAAGGGUGUGACUUAUGACACAGGUGGUGCAGAUAUUAAGGCUGGUGGGGUCAUGGCUGGAAUGAGUAGGGAUAAGUGUGGGGCAGCUGCAGUUGCAGGGUUCUUUCAGACUCUUGCUAUGCUGAAACCAAAAGGAAUCAAAGUCUUUGGUACAAUGGCCAUGGUACGCAACAGUGUUGGUGCAGAGGGCUAUGUUGCUGAUGAGAUUAUAACCUCUGCCGCUGGGGCCAGGAUUAGGGUUGGUAACACUGAUGCUGAGGGUCGCAUGGCUAUGGCUGAUUGUGUGCAUCAUAUGAAACUCAAGGCUCUCCAAGAAAAAGUUCCCACACACAUUGUUACAAUUGCUACUCUCACUGGCCAUGCCGUCUUGGCUAUGGGUCCUGCCUACUCAAUUGUGAUUGACAAUGGGCCUGCAGCUCGUACCAAGUUUGCUCAAAAUAUCCAAAAAGCUGGACAUGACAUGGGUGAUCCGUUUGAAAUCUCGACAGUUCGUAGAGAGGAUUACGACUUCGUCAGAGCCCAUUCAGAGUACGCAGACGUAUUGCAGUGUAAUAACUCUCCAUCCAGUAGAACACCCAGAGGACAUCAGUUCCCAGCUGCUUUCCUCAUCAGGGCCUCAGGACUUGAUAAGCAUGGUAUUGACUCAAACCAGCCACUCUGCUACUCUCACUUUGACAUUGCUGGAUCAAGUGGAACAUUCCCACAAGUUCCUACUGGGGCGCCAGUGGUUGCCAUGACAGAAACCUUUCUAAAAAGCCACUGUUGAACAGAUCAUUAGCUGAUAGCUUUGCACAGCUUCAUGUUCUUGCUUGAGCACGACACUUCAAAGAUAGAUCAGCACGAGAAAUCUGAUUUCUGUUGAUUUUCGUUGAGUUAGUUCAAGAAUGAUGUGGGAGUCGCAACGGCAUAUGCGAGGCUUAAAAUAUAAUUUUGAAAAGAAAAAGGUUAAAUGACUGAUGAAGUGUUAGAUAAUCUCGAAUGAAAUGAUAGAACAGGUAACUUUUAAAUUUUAAUAUUGAAAUAGUAAUUAUUAAUAUGGCAAAAUUAGGAAAUGCUAGUGGUAAAGUUGAGCUGAGAUAAAUAGGUUCUGAAAAGUUUGUACUUAGUCGUCUUUUUCGUAGAAUCUCAGAGUUUUCGAUAACGCUUCGGUGUGAAAGUUUGAGCCAAAGUAUUGCUGGAAGUAGUGGGAAACAACGUAACAUGUCAGUGAUUCCUCGCGGUUGUUUGAAAAAUUUAGUGGAAUAUGAGUGACAAAUAAAUUCAAUAAAGAAUUUUUUUGUUGUU